AUGGGCUCCAAGAAGCGCAGCUCGGCCUCAGGUGAGACUGGCAACGCCACUGAUGCUUCUUCCUCUCGAAGCGGGCAACCAUCCCGCAGCCUCAGAAGGAGAGCCGGCGACAUUGUGAGCAGCCUCAAUCCGGUGGGAGCGGGCAAGGGCCCUGAUGUCAUGCAGCAGCUCGCUGAGAUUCCCUUCAACGCCGAGGCCUUCCUCCAGGCGAAAGCUGCUCAGGCCAAGACGCUGGAUGCCGAGGCCAGUGAGACCGGUGAGGGCGAGGAUGUCGUCGAGGUUGAGUAUGAGGGCACUCGUCCGUACGUUCCCACGGUUCACGCUCAUCUCAAGGGCGUUGACAAGGUCUGUCGAAACGGGGAAUGGUCGAAACCACUUCAACGCUUCUUGACGAGACUUCAGCUCGGUUCAAACAAUCUCAGCGUCAUUUAUGACUCAGAUCUUGAAAAUGUGGGGAUCGAACCUCCCGAGGAGACCGAGUCUUGGGUCGAACAGAGUGAGCCCUCCAAAUUCGCAGGCCACGUCUACAGAUUCCUUGGCCGUCAGUGUCGAUCCGCCUCUUCAGAUCGCCAUCUCUAUGUCCUCUAUCACCCCGAUGCCGAAUGGCAUACCGACUUCUACGAACUCCUGCAGGACAAGCCUCUGCCCAGCAAUUUCCUCGGCUUCUCCGACAAUCUUGAUGCCCUCGUGGCUUUUGUGAGGUUCAUCCGAAAGCGCCUCGGAAAGCGCGCCAACAACGCCAUGUUCCACCUGCUCAUCCCCUCAUCCCGCCCCAUGUCCAUCCGAGACGCUCUUGAGUUCCCAGAUUUGGGCGAUCUGGUCAUUCACGGUGAGACCCACGGUGGCAACAACUACGUUUGGGUCAAUCUACCCACUUCCGACGACUACCCCGCAAACCUGCUUCUGAAGCAUGUUGAGAACGCCGUCCGCGGUGAGAGCGAAUGGAAGACGACAGCGACAGUCAGCACAGCCAUAGGAGGAUUAACGGCAUCACUGGCUGGCGCGGCUUUCACCCUCAGAGUCAAGGGAGCGCCCUUCCCAUCCCUCAAGACCUUCGGAAUCGGAGCAGUCUGUACCACCAUAGCCGCCCGAAUCAGAGGCGCAGAGUACCUCCCCCUAGCAGUCCUCGGCAUCGGCGGACUGUGCACCACGAUAGCAGCAUUGCAAGUAAACCGAGGCCUGAGCAAGCGCAUCCCCAGACUCAUCGGCGGCACCGACACACCCAAGGAGCCCAAGGCCGAGCCCGAGAAGGAAGAUUCGGCAGCCAGCGAGCAGGACGAGAGCAGGGACGAAACCCCCCACGAAUCAGAUGUCCUCCCCGAGCCAGAGCCGCCAGUUGUUCCAGAGGAGCCAUCCAAGAUCAAAGACGACUCGGACGCUCUUUCUUUCGUCAGCAAGGCAUCCAGCACGAGCAAGUCUUCAAGCAGCAAGAAGCAUCGACGCAGUGAACGUAGUGAGCGAAGUGAGCGCAAGCGUAGGGAUAAAUGA